AUGUUGGGGCGCAUUUUGAUUUUCCUUUUUCUGGUUAUUCUGAUUGAAAGCGGGUCAGUAAAAGGCCUUGAAAAUCUGGAUAUAUCAUUCGAUCGAUACCAUCAUUACGAAGAAUUAACCGAUUUACUACACAAAUACAACAAAAUGUUUCCUUCUAUUACCCGAUUACACUCAAUCGGUCAAUCAGUUAAAAAGCGAGAAAUUUGGGCAUUCCAAAUUUCUGAUAAACCAAAUGUAACCGAAAAAGGUGAACCGUGGUUUAAAUAUGUUGCUAAUAUACACGGUGAUGAAGCAGUUGGCCGGCAAAUGUUAAUCUAUUUGAUCCAAUACUUAUGCCAGCAAUAUUCUAUCGAUCAAAGAAUUAAGCACAUAGUCGAUUCUGUCAAUAUUUUUAUUGUCCCUACUAUGAACCCUGAUGGUUUCGAAAGGGCACAAGAAGGGAAUUGUGAUGCUCCUAGUUCGUUUGGUCGAAAUAAUGCAAACAAUGUAGAUCUGAAUCGCAAUUUCCCUGACCAAUUUUCUAAUAAAAACCAACAUCAUCAACCGGAAACUCUGGCAAUGAUGAAUUGGAUAGAUAAGUAUCCGUUUGUGCUUUCUGCUAGUCUUCAUGGUGGUUCUGUUGUAGCGAGUUAUCCUUUUGAUGAUAGUCAUGAUCAUAAAGAAUCUGGAUAUUACAGUAAAUCGCCUGACGAUGCUGUGUUUCGCCACCUAGCUGCAAUUUAUGCCAAUCACCAUACAACGAUGCAUUUUGGCAAACCUAAUUGUUCUGAUACUCCAAACGAUUUUUUUAAUAAUGGAAUAACGAAUGGUGCUGAAUGGUACGAUGUCUCUGGUGGUAUGCAGGAUUAUAAUUAUCUUCAUAGCAAUUGCUUUGAAAUCACAUUGGAACUAUCCUGCUGCAAGUAUCCAUCAAGUAAGAAAUUAAAGGAGGAAUGGAACAGAAAUCGCGAUGCGUUAAUAGCUUAUAUCAAACAAGCUCAGAUUGGUAUUCACGGUUGCGUAUACGACAAUAGUACGAUACACAAAAAUGGUAUUAUAGGAGCUACGAUCUCAGUAAGUGGCAUAAAUUAUAAUAUUAGAACCGCUCAAUUUGGUGAUUUUUGGCGUCUGCUAUUGCCUGGAAGAUAUACGCUGAUAGCUUCCGCUCCUGGCUACCUGAGCACAACACUUAAUAUCACUGUGACAAAUCCACCUGGAUCAUCGAUCAAUAUUCCUCUAACGCCUUUAAAUAAAACUGGUAAAAUUUGA